UGACGUUCAUUUCGCGCGGUGAUCGGAGCAGAAAAUAGCUCCUUCAGCUACAAAACUGGAAUCCAACCAACCAUUAAACAGAACAGAUCCUGCUGCUGCUGCUGCUCCUGAGUUUCUCUCCAGUACACCCAGAAUGUGAAUGACGUACUCUUUCUCUCUCUCCACACGUAGAAGAUAGAACCAUCAUGACACCACUCAGAAAACCACUUCCCCACCUCCUCUUCACCCCAAAAUCCAAAUCUUCAUCCUUCCAAUCACUCGCCUCCUACUUCACUCUCACUCCAAAUCUUCAUCCUUCCUCACCACACCCACCUGAAUCACCCAUUACCCACAUACCAAAUCCACCACAGCAGCCAAAACCCACCUUCAAGAUCCCACCUUUCGUUCCUAUUCCCCAGCCAUUCACUCAAAGCAGGCCCUUCUCAACCGCAAAUUCCGACCCUUCUCAGCCAAUCCCGGUUGUUUCCAUAGUGACUUCGCCCCACGACAGUUCGCAGCCCAUCGAUGCAGGCUCUUCUAUUCGAAAACCGAUAAGUUUAUGGCCUGGAAUGUACAGUUCCCCUGUCACAAAUGCUCUGUGGGAAGCAAGAUCAAAGAUGUGCGGGGACGCAUCAGGUGACGCGCCUCCGCAGAGUGAAUUGGUGGCCAGGACUCCGGCGCAGAGUCGGACCAGUAUUCUGUACAAGUUUUCGUCUGAUUAUAAACUGAGAGAGCAGUACAGGAACCCCUGGAAUGGGAUUAGAAUGGGGAAGUUGCUUGAGGAUCUCGAUGCUCUUGCUGGAACCAUUGCAUUCAAGCAUUGCUGCAAUGAAGAUGGCACAACAAGGCCUCUGCUACUGGUGACUGCUUCUGUUGACAAGAUGGUUUUGAAAAAACCUAUCCUUGUUGACACUGAUUUGAAUAUAGGUGGCGCUGUCAUAUGGGUUGGGAAGUCAUCCAUGGAAAUUCAGCUGGAAGUGACUCAAUCGUUGCAGGGAUCCUCAUACCCAUCAGAGUCCACUGCUCUUACAGCAAACUUCACUUUUGUAGCCCGUGAUUCUAAGUCUGGAAAAUCAGCUCCGGUUAACCAGAUAUUGCCUGAGACUGAGAAAGAAAAAUUGCUCUGGGAAGAAGCAGAUAAGAGGAAUAAAAUGAGGAAAAAGAAAAGAGCAGAACAUAAAACAGAUACUGAAAACCAGGACACAGACAGACUCAAUGCCUUGUUAGCCGAAGGUCGAGUUUUCUGUGACAUGCCAGCACUGGCAGACCGAGAUAGCAUUCUUAUAAGGGAUACUUGCCUCCAGAACUCCUUUAUUUGCCAGCCACAGCAAAGGAACAUCCAUGGUCGGAUCUUUGGAGGAUUUUUGAUGCGAAGAGCAUUUGAAAUUGCCUUCUCAACAACAUAUGCAUUUGCUGGUGUAGCACCACACUUUCUGGAAGUUGAUCAUGUUGAUUUUGUUAGACCUGUCGAUGUAGGAAAUUUCCUCCGUUUGAAGUCUUGUGUUCUCUAUACAGAACUUGAAAACCCAGAUGAACCUCUGAUAAACGUGGAAGUCGUUGCUCAUGUUACACAGCCAGAGCUUAGGUCCAGUGAGGUAUCAAACAAAUUCUACUUCACAUUCUCUGUCCUUCCUGAAGCCAUGAAAGAUGGGAUCCGGAUUCGGAGCGUAGUUCCUGCUACAGAAGAGGAAGCACGGCGGGUGAUUGAACGUAUGGAUGCUGAGAACUCCCAGUUUGCUGCCUUGUGAACUUGGCAAGGAGGGAAGGCAAGCGUCAGUGGAAAAUCCUAGUCAAGUGAUGUCACUUUUUUGUAAAAAUAAUUUUUGCACAUUUUGUAUUUAAAAAUAAAUAAAAAGAGAGAAUUGGGAAUAU